AGUUCCGGGUGAACGGACCCAAAUCGCGCGUGCGCCGUUGUGGCCCAUGCUGUGGCGGCGCGGCGAUGGAACCGGCUGAGCAGCAGAACGAGCUAGUGUCAGCCGAGGGCCGGAACCGGAAGGCGGUGCUGUGCCAGCGUUGCGGCUCUAGGGUGCUGCAGCCAGGGACCGCUCUUUUCUCUCGCCGACAGCUUUUCCUCCCCUCCAUGAGAAAAAAGCCAGCCCUGGCUGAUGGCAGCAAUCCUGAUGGUGAUCUCCUCCAGGAACACUGGCUGGUUAAUGACAUGUUCAUCUUUGAGAAUGUGGGCUUCACCAAGGACGUGGGCAACAUCAAGUUUCUGGUCUGUGCGGACUGUGAGAUUGGACCCAUUGGCUGGCAUUGUCUGGAUGACAAGAACAGUUUCUAUGUGGCCUUGGAACGAGUUUCCCACGAGUAACUGAGGGGACUCAGCGCCACCCUAUAAAGCUGUGCUGGCCAUCUUCUCCAUCUCAGAGGACAUCCUGCCUCCUCCGAGCCUCAGUGCGUGCCUCCUCCCACUUAGUCCUCCGUGUGUCACAGCUGUCCUCACCCCCACCUCCCCAAUUCGGAACAUGGAAAAACAUGGAAGUCCUCUACAAGGUGGUCUGGUCCGUGGCACUCUGCCGGGCCGCCUUCCACAGCUCCCUUCCUGCUCAGCAAGAGCAGCAGUCAACUUUUCAGCCACGAUGACAGGGAAAGAUGCUCACUUGCUAAUAGUUGAAACUCCACCUUUUCUCCUUCAAGAAGCCAGGUGUACUAGGUCCUUCCUCUUGGAAGGUGGAAGCAGGAAGUUCAGGAGUUCAAGGCCAGCCUCAACCACAAAGUGAAUUCUAAGCCAGCCUGGGCUCUGUGAGAUGUCUCAAAAAACAUAAAGCAAGCAAGUAUUUGCAAGUGACUUCGUUGUGUGCGACCUGCUUGUCUACAGCAGUUUGUUCUCUUUAAACAUAAAACAUUUACAAAUGUCAGUAUUUAAGCCACUAGUCAGAAACACAUUACUUCAGACACAUUUUCAGUACUGUGUUCAGACCCUUUGUUUCAGGUUGAUAGUGAUAUUCCUCAGUGAAGACGGGUGUGGGCGGGCGUUCUUCCCACAGAUUUCGUUGGGGUUUCUCUUUGUAUUAGUGCCUCGCUGCUGCAGUUUGCACUGUUAACCCUAGGGAGACAGCCUGACUGUACCAGGCUCUUGGAAUCAGAAUGGAGGAUGGAGGAUAUACAAAGGAUUGCUUAGCUGCAUCACACCUGGGUUUAUUAGGAAAGAUUUCUUUAAUGGGUCAUAGGUAAGGUCAUAGUUCAUAAAUACAGGUUAUAAGGUCCUCAGGAGUUUGGUUCACUUGGACUGUCUAUACCAGCCCAGGAUGCAAACCCUUUCUACCAAGAUUUCCAUUGUUUCAGGGUUGGUAUCACCUUUUCUUAUCCUCCAACUUCUCCUCUGAAGUGACUUAGUAGCUUAAAAGAACUCUGCAGUAACAGUUGAAAUAGUUUGCCAUCAUCCCUUCCUCUGGAGGCCUAGAACUGAAACAUGGACUGAGUACAGAACCUGUUAUUCCUUAGAAUACCAGUUGUGGCAGAUCAAUGACAUUCUCAGUUACAUUUCGAAUUCAUGGUCACCCUGUACUACAUGAGAGCUUGUCUCAAGCAAACAAAAAAUGACAAGUAGGAGUUGGGAAGAUGGAUCAACAGUUAAGAGUGUUUGCUGCUCUUCUGGAGGACCUGAGCUCAAUUCCUAGCACCCACAUCAGGUGGUUCACAGCUGCCUUUAAGGCCAGUUCGAGGGGAUCUGUACUCUGGCCUCUGCAGUUGCCUGCACACGUGUGACGUACAUACAGACAAGCAGGCACACACAUACAAAUAAGCGAAUAAAAAUUUUACAAAUGAAAAAGCAAAAGUUUCAAUCAGGCGGUGGUGGCACACACCCUUAAUCCCAGCACUAGGGAGGCAGAGGCAGGCCUGGUCUACAAAGCAAGUUCUAGGACAGCCUGGGCUGUCACACAUUGAAACUCCCUCUGUCUCUGCUUCCUGACUGUUCUUUCCUCACUGAAGUUUUCUGAGGACUCCCUCUUAAAGUACAGGCUCCGAGCACAGUUUUGCUAGCACCCUGCUCACUUGGGUGGCUUUCUGUCCCACUCAGAGUCUGUGUGGGCUCCACUGGCAAGGGAGAGACCGUGUUUUCCAGACAGAUAAGCAAGCACACCUGAGUGUGGCAUUUGCAGGAAAACAGCUAAGACUACUGACCAGCUCGGGUCAGAAGGAACAAAGCAAGCAGAUGCUCUAGGGACCCAUGGGCCCUUACUUCACAAGUCAAAGACCCAAGCUGAACUCGGCUUUUAACUCCUGUCUACCUUCUAACCACAGAAAUGAUACAUGAUAAUUAUUUAUCAAUGUAAGAAUCAGUAUAAAGUUCUAACUAACUCAAAUCUACUGGGCAGUGGUAAUGUGUAUAUCCUGGCUUCCUAUGUGCAAACAUGUAGUUUUCUAAACCAAUAUGAGUUCAUAUUGUACUCUUUUAUAGCUUGUUUUUCGUUUACCAAAACAGGAACAUCUUCCUUGUCCGUAGACACCCGGCCGUGAACACUGUUGGGCUAUAAUUUCAGUAACCCACUGUUGUGUUGCCUACAGUUGUUCCUAACAGUGACACGACAUGCAAGGGUGUUAGCUGUGUUUUCUUCCUUAUUUCCUCAGCUUGUGUCAUAAGAAGCAAAGUUGCAGGGUGGGCAUGCUGUCAAAGCUCCGCCAGGCAGACAUUCUUCAAGGUCACCUUGUCACCCCACUCCCCCUUCAGCAAUGCGAAAGAACACUUAGUCUUCCCCCCCCUACUAACACUGGGGGGUUUUAUCAUUAAGAAACACUUGCUCUUCCAUUUUUUAAAGUAUCUUACUGUUUUAUUUCUACUUAUUUCUGGUUUAAAAAAAUCUGACCACAUUCUAGUUUUUAUUCAUUUAUUUUGAACUGUACAGACCAAGGUGGCCUGAAAUUCAACUUGUUUCUUUUUCGAGAACUGCCAAAUGUUUUUGACCCAGUGACCAAAAAAAGCUGAAUUACUGUUCUGCCUUUUCGGUUUGAUGUAAAAGAAAUAAAGUCAUUUAAGCAGU